ACGCUUAAAAACAAUAAUACACAAAAAGCUAAUCCUUACUCGUAUUUUAAAAAUGUCACUUUUUGUAACAUGUACUUAGUAUAGUCAUGGAUUAUCACCAGAUUUGAGAAUUAAAGAAAAAGGGAUGAUAUAACCGAAGUUUAAAGAAGUUUAAAAAGUAACCAAAACGAAAAUAUCGUAUUAUGACAACAGAUAUAACCGUUAGAAUUCGGAUACAUAAAAUAAAUAAGCCGUUUUACCUGAUAUACAAAUAUGCCAUUAUUUAGUUUUGGGCGAAGGUCUUAAAACUUUCAUAACGAAUUUGAAUAUUUCGAACAUUUGUUAUUUUGAUAUUUGAGAAUGUCAGUCUGAUUGUGUGAACAUUUCUUGGAUGCUACGUAAAUAUUAAUUUGAUUUUUAUAAUAUUGAUUUGGAUGAUUCUUUAAUCAAAAACCUUACAAAACAGUUGGGAUGCACGCGCGUUAUUUAUUCAAAUGAUGAAAUGAAUAUUGAUGUGUAUUCUUUUUUAAUUAUGAAAUUCGGAGCGAACAACUAGUGUAAUUAAAGCUUUGGGUACCAUUUCUGUUAUUUGUUGAAUAGAAGACUAACAAUAUAAAAUCGCUUUUUAAAUAUUGCGCAAAUACCCAAGUUGAAUUUCAAUUACAACUGGUAAAAGAACGGGCAAAUAAAAUUUAUUGACAACUAUUCGACGUGGAAAUUUAGUAAAAGUGUUAUAAUUUUUUGUAAGUCUGUGUUUGGUUCAACACAUACGGAUUUGUGAUAAUAGCUUAUUUAUUCAUAUGAUAAUGGAUUAAUGUACAAGUUGUAGAGGACAGACAGUCUAAAUGUCUCUUUUGCCUGAAAUUGGUACCGGCAGGCUUGUUAUUUCCGGACAGGAACCGGAAAAGGGCCAGAUAACAAAAAGCGGAAAUGUAGUACGACGAAGAAAGGGAAACAAGUCCUUGCUAGAAAUUUCGCAGAAUUUACAAUCUAUUCAUCACGAGGACGGCAAAAGAUUAAGGUCAAGGUCGUAUGACCAUUCGUCGGGUGAUGAAAUUGAAAAUCAGGAAAGAAAAAAGGCAAAAAUUGAUAGAAGUAAAAGUUUAGGUCGUGCCGAAAGAAAAUGGGAACAAAAACGAAAACAACCAGUCGGUAAGGAAAAUAACUUUGCCGAUGAAAAUAAAAUGUCGAAAAGCAAAUCUCCAAAAAGAACCAUGUCGGGCAGACGAGUUCGAUUCGACAGCAGUUCUGAUGAUUCCUUUAACCAGAAAGGCGGCGGGAAAAGUUCCGAAUUUAAAUCUUCAACUCCAAAGCCAAAAGGUGUUCAGUACAAGAUAGGAGGAAACAAGAACGAUGUUGCCAUGGAAACAUCGCCGAUUACUAGCGGAGAAGUAUCCCCUACUGUACCCAGAAAACGGGCUCAACCAGGAACGCACAAGUCGAGACUCGAAGCUGCUAGGGAAAGGGCUAAAGUAUGGACAGAGACCUGGUCAGACCCAGGACCUAGUGAGAGAUCUAUAGACCAUGACAAGGUCCUCAAGGGUCAACCAGUUGAUCCACGGCGCAGUCGAAUUCCAACAGACACUGCACGUAACAAACAUGCACAGUACAUGAACCAAGACAAACAAGAUGGCCGACCUAAAGCAGCAGACAAAGGGAGACGACUCCAGUCGCUUCCGUCCAAAAAAGAAUCACAUGCAUCUGAAACUGAAGAGCGGCCAGUGAUCUCAGCUCCGUCCAAAGAUCAAGGUCAAAUGGACGCACCUAUGCCAAAAAUAAACACUUUAGUGCCAAAAGAUCAUCAAGCCAGUUCGCAGCCUGGUACCAAUACAUCUAGUGAACCUUCACCUAUAAAAUCAAAAGAACCAUCUAUUAGCCCAACAAAAUCAAAAGAGCCAGCUUUCAACCCUACAAAAUCAAAGGAACCAGCUAUUAGUCCUACAAAAUCAAAGGAUCCAGCUGACAGUCCUAGAAAAUUGAAGGAACCAGCUGUAAGUCCGCAGAAACGGGAGCCUGAAAAUAAACCGAAAGAGACACGACGUGUUGAAAUAAACGUAACAGGUGUUGCUGGACGUACCACCAUGGAUGAAGACAGUAACAGGAACAACAAGAAUACUCCUUCCACAGGUCAAGAUCGUUCAGAAGGAAGUCCUACAAAGUUAAAGGAUGAAAAGCGACGACUUCCUGCUGAUGAUCACGGACCGGUUAAUCCAACUCCUAAGCCAGCACAUGUCACUAAACCAUCUGCGGACAGUGUAUCUCCAUCGGAUCCAAACUUCAAGUACUACGCAUCAGAAAAACAAAGAGCCGCAGAUGGUGGGAAUUUCUUUGAGGACUCUCCAAGAGUACCGUCAGAAAAAAGUUCGAAAACAGACAAAUCAUGGACUACUAUAAAAACCAAAAGCAGCUUUCCUGCAGCUCCAACUAAAUCAAAAACUACGUAUGAGUUUUCACAAACUCCUUCAUUGGCAAACAGUGACAAGAAACGACGCGAGGUGACGAUAGUUGACCCAAAAUAUGUACGAAAAAAUAAUAAAAAUGUUACUGACGAUGACGACGUCGAACCAUUUAUGCACGAGUACGAAUUUAGUCAUAAUCAAAUUAAACAUCACAGGGACUUUAGAGACAUGACUGAUGAAGAGAAAAUAGAAUAUUUUCGGGACAAAUUGCACAUGAAACCUGAACAAGUUAGAGAACUUACGUUUCAUCCUAAGGUAACAGAACCAAAACUGAUACAUCAUACAUAUACAGGUAUUGAAACCGUAAAUUGGACUUCCGGUCGAAUAAAAUCUGGAAAACGUCCCAAGUCAAAAAAAUUGAGUAUGUAUAAAAAGGUAUCGGUCGUGCCACCAUCCAAAAGAAAGAGUGCUAUGUUAACUAAACUGCAAGGGGUGGUUUAUCGACAUAUAAACAAGGUUUAUGACAGUUCCCCACGUGAUAUGCGUGAAAAACAAUUCUUUGAAAAACUUGCCCAAAUUCAGAUAAAUGAUAUGCAACACCGUUAUGAGAUGCUUGCGGAGAAAGAACGAAAAACGUUAGAAUCCAAAUACCGACAACGUGAACAACUACGCCGCCUCAGACGUAAAUUUGAAGAUGACGCUUGGAGGCGGUUUAUGACGCAAUAUGUGACGUCAAAAGUAGUGGAAGCAGAGUACAGGGACCGUGGAGAAUAUGGUUUGCCGAAUGAUCUAAACGAAGGACGUAAAAGAAAUCCCUAUGCAGUUCAAAAGACAAACGCAAAACGGGCGCAAUUUGCAAUGACUCCAAAACGCAUGCAAAGAAAAAAUCAGAAGAAAUACGGAAGUAUUUUCAAAUAUAAUGCCGGGCCCGUACCAAAGUCAGGAGGCAAGCCGCUGAAGUUUGAAGGCUUCGAUGCAGUGUAUAUUGAUACGGAAGAUGAGAAUGAUCCCGACGCAACAACAUCAGGAAAACCAACGAAGAAAAGGCAAAAUGUUGAAGCUCUUAUGCAAGAGGCCAGGCGUAUUCUUGACCAGUCAGAUGAUGACACGGACUAUGAAGACACGCCUAGAAAGUUAGUACCUGCUAGACGUAGCCUGCCAGAAAGACCUCGUCACAAUCGGUCACGAAACACAAAACAUAUUCAAGAUGACAAAUCUUUCAAAUCGUCACAGUCAAAACAAUCAACGACGCGCUCAACGAGUUAUAGCAAGACGCCACCACGCACAAUGAAAGAACUAAUAAACCAAAGGAAGCGUCCAGAAGCUCCUGGAAAUAGAUAUAAAGCUAGCAACUUCAAUGCAAUGAAAGCGGAUUUACUUAAAGACAGUGAUAUAUUGAAUAAGAAUGAGAAAUUAAAGGAACCGAAAUCUGAACUUCCAAAUUUUGAAACUUCUAGUAAAUCUGAUAACAGUCGGCACGAGGUUGCUCAGAUGAAACCACAAAGAGAUAGAAGUCCAGAGAAGAUACCAGAACCAGUUACACACAGGGUGACAACACCAGUUGUUUCACCAACGCCCGCAAAAAGUCAAGUACAAACAAAAACUGUAACCACAACACAAGUAACAACAGUGAAAACAGAAACAACAACAUCAACGGCUGAUGAUGAAACAGCCGAUAAAAAGGAAUGGAAGGUAAAAGAAGGAAAUGUUUAUCUCGACAAUAUGGAAACACAAAUGGCAAUCGAGACCGCACGUGACAAAAUAGUCGAUGAGAAUAAUCCAAAUAGAGGACCUAGUCGCGCUAGCAAAAAUAUAGACAAUAAAUUACAAAAUGGAUAUUCUACCACAAAGACAGUUGAAAAGCCUGCAAGCCGGACACCGUCCCGUAUUAGUUUUAGAGGGAAACAAGAGACAUCUGGGCCAAAGGAUUUGCGUCCUCCAAGAGCUCCGUCCAGAUCAAGUCUAUUCUCAAAUGAUGCAAAGACCAACAAGCCACAAGGACGGACCUCUCGGACAAGUAUGAACCCUGUUAAUGAAAAUCAAUCUCAGGAGACAAGUAACAUUAACGGUUCAAACAAAAACAUUAAGACUGAAACUACUGUUACUGAAAAUGUAAUCGAAACGGUAAAUGUCUCAAAUGGCAAAUCAACAAAUACUACGAAACCAAAUCAUUUGAAAGAUGAAACUUUCCAACCAAAAUCUGUAGGCGGGUCAAAAAUAAAUAUAAGGCAGGAAAGUCGCCGCAAUUCAGUUUCUUCCAACCAACAAAAACAACCGGCCAGUGGAAGAACAAGUGUCGUUGGCAUAGCAACCAGUAAUGGACGCGUUUCUCCAGCCAUUGAAAAGCAGCGUCAACCUGCAAGCCGACGUGAAAGUUUUGUUGAUAAACAAAGAGAAACAGUUAGCGGAAAAGGAAGUAUUUUUGAAAAAUCUUCUGUUACGACUGGAGAUGGAUCAAAGAAGACUGUAGAUAAACAUACAAAUGGACAUAUUUAUCCAGGAUCUAGAAAAACAGAUAGUGAUUAUUCAGUACCGAAAGCUGUGGUUGCGAAAAGUAUUAAUGUAUCUGAAAAUGUUACUGAAAACGUAAUUGAAACAACGAACUCUGAAAGGUCUAAGAACAAACAGCCCAUGAAGAGACAGAGCAUAAAUGAACCGAAAAGAAGUGUUGAUCAUUCAACCAAUGAUUUAUCGUCAAGUAAGAGAUCAGCGUUUAGUGAGCGUAGGCCUAACAGUGAUGAAAAUAAAGAGAAACCAAAACAAACAGAAAAACCUGUACAGAAAAGAGACAUGUCAAAAGGGAAGAAAGCACCGGCCGGUCGCAGGUCACGGUCUCGCACACCUCAAAGAAAACAAGAUAUCAAUGGACAUGGAGAUAUCAAAAUGGAUAGAAAUGAGUAUGAAGCGAAGGGGCAUGAUGGGAAUAGACCUUCUCGUCGUCAAAGGUCAGGGUCAAAGGAAGGUAGUUCAGGUGGCAGACGACGAUCUACAUCUAGGGGACGAAAACCUUCAAAGAGCCGGAAACGAUCAAUAUCGAAUGAGAGGAAGAAACCUAAAAAAGGCUCUGUUUCGAAAUCAAGAUUCCCCGAUAUUACGAAGAAGGAUGGUGAAUGGAAGAUAAGUGCCAGGUCCCCAACACAAAAGGUUACAAGGAGCGAUGCUGUCGAUGAAUAUACAACUGAAAGGGUAAUCACACCGAAGCCAGCUGGUGGUAAUCAGUGGAAGGAUCUCGUAGAAAAAUACCUCAGGCAACCUAGUCCAAAAGUUGGAAGAACUGAUGAUAGAUCUUUACUAGAUUCAAAUAUAACUGAUGAUGACGACGAUGAUGAUGAAAUGGACAUUUUCAAACGCGCUCAGAUGAAAUAUAAACUGGCAGUUAGCCAAACCGACGAAGAAGAUUCAGACGAUGAUUAAACGUGACUUUGACAAGAUAAAAUAUCAAACAGCGUUUCGAAACAAUUCCAAAACAUUCUGCGCUUGCCUAUUUCUUAUAUAUAUCUUGCAGUUAAGCAAGAAAUGGGACCCAACAUUAUGAUCAGGAUCUUUAACCUGUACCAACAAAUACUAUUUUGACUAGAAAUCGGUAAUAACUAGAUAAGAAAUGAAUUAAAAGUCAGUAAAUCUACGGUAUAAUUUCGUUUGUUUAUUUAAAAUAUAACUAUUGAUAAAUAGAAGCAGAAGCCUUCUGAAUUUGAAACACGUUAGGCUUCUUCGAGUAUUUACGAGAUAUACAGUGCUUACUCUAAAGCGGUGAAAUAGUGACAAAACUUUUAUAUAUUGCAGUUUACUUUUUCAUUCCUGCAUCAGAGUAUAAAACUAGCGAUCAUUAGAAAAUGAACCUUAAAUUGUUUUGAAAUUUGUAAAGUGAACUAUUUCAAUCCAUCCGGCUGUGUUGUGAUAUAAAAUUUUGUGACAUUUAUUGGAUAAAUACGGAAAUCAUGAGAUUCGCGUUUUGCUGAACACUUUGGAUGUUUUUGUAUAAGAACACUGCCUGCACCCAUUUCAUGUGUUUGGAUAUUUUCAUUACACCGCUGCGAACAAAAUCAGAUUGAUACAAGUACACAAAAAGAGAUAUAUUUUAAAUUCUUCAUUAGAAAUGUUCGUAGUUAUGAAAUGGAGCAUAAAAGUGCUUAGAAUUAAUGCUGAGACUUGUCAGGGAACAUGAUGAAGGAAAUAGGUGUAACUUAUUUAUAAGAUUAUUCUGUUUAGAAUUUGUGAGAUUGAUAUUUUCUAAUGUUAAUUAUAUAUUUAUUGUGAUAAACCGCCUGUGAUAUUGAUAGAUAUAUAUUUAUUUGUAUUAUAGUAAUGAUCAUACAUUUGUGCUGUUUCUCUCUGGAGGCACAGUUUUGUCUCAAACAUGUUUAUACAUGAAUCAUUAUGUAUAUUUUGAUAUUCUGAGUUAUUUAGAGAUAAAAUAUAUUUGUUUAAUUAAAAUGAAAGUACAAAUUUAUUCACGGA